CCCCUCCCCUCCUUCCACCGCAGAGAAACCCUUACACGUGUUGAGCAGUUUCCCGACCACCAUGCCGGUAUCCGCCGCAGCUACCGCCGAGGCCACGGCCACCAUCGACGACACACCCCACUGCCUGACAUUGCAGGACCGGGUGGUGAUCGUCACCGGUGGCUCUCGCGGAAUCGGCCGCGGAAUAGCCCUCCACCUCGCUCAACUCGGCGCUCGUGUGGUCGUCGCCUAUGCCUCUUCCGCCACCGACGCCGACGGAGCCGUCUCGGCCAUCAACUCCUUCCCCCCUUCCCCCGCCCUCACGCAGCCCCGAGCCAUUGCUGUCCGGGCCAACGUCUCCGACGCCGCCGACGUCAAGGCCCUCUUCGACGCCGCCGAGGCGUUCGGCGGUGGGGCCCCGGCGUACGUCCUGGUGAACUCCGCCGGGGUCCUCGACUCGACGUACCCGCCGAUAUCCGCGACGUCGGAGGAGGAGUGGGAGCGGAUAUUCGAAACGAACGCCAAGGGGACGUUCCUCUGCUGCCGUGAGGCCGCGAACCGGCUGAGGCGCGGCGGUGGCGGCAGGAUCAUCAACAUUUCGUCGUCGCUGGUGGCCGCGCUCCGGCCGGGAUAUGGCGCCUACAUCGCAUCUAAGGCCGCGGUGGACGCGAUGACGAAGAUCUUGGCGAAGGAACUCAAGGGCUCCUGCAUCACCGCCAACUGCGUCGCGCCGGGCCCGGUGGCCACCGAGAUGUUCUUCGCAGGGAAGACACCGGAGGUGGUGGAGCGUAUCACCUCGGAAAGUCCAAUGGGCCGUCUCGGGACGCCGGAGGACGUCGCCGCCGUCGUGGGAUUCCUCGCCGGAGACUCUGGCCUGUGGGUGAACGGUCAGGUUAUUAGGGUCAAUGGUGGGUAUAUUUGAAAAGAAGGAGAUGUCUGUGGUCCUCCUUCCUCAGUCCUGGCUCUUCCCGCAUUUCUUCGGACCGAUGAGUCCUCGUUAGUGGUCCACUGUGAGCGUUUUUGGGGUGUUUUCUUGAGGGAGGCAGAAGUUUGCGAUUUUGCUGGACUUGUUGAGAAAUGAGAACUUCGUGAACAGUUGCACGGUUAUGUGUAAAGAUGGGGUUUUGGUAUCAUAGGAGAUCUUCUUUCUGUAUAAUUAGGAGCAGUUGAAAAGAAGAGUUUCUGGGUAUUGCAUGUCUCUUGUAGAUCAGUGUUUGUACAAUCCUUAAAAUCAAGAAACUUUGAUUUCCCGAGUUCCUACCA